GUGGGAUUGCAAUGGCAGCCCACUUGUCUGUAAACAAAUACGCAUUGUGUACGAUAGCCACAGCGUUGGCGGGUUUACAUAACGUCGAGUGACAGAAAAACCUGCUAGUCUCUGGUUUAUUCGGCUUAUUUUAAAUUAUUAACUUGAUGUAACCAUUUGUAUAAUCUGAGACUGAAACACGGAGGCGCACAGGACAGCGUCGGUCAGCUAGCUGGCUAGCGAACGUUAGCUGCCCGAACUGAGAUAAUGGAUGAAGAUGUGUCCAUGCACAGACUGGAGGGGACUGAGCCGUCCUCUCAGGUCGGAGGGCUGAUAGUGAAGAAGAGGAGCGCCGCCGCGGAGCAGCAUGUGUUCCGGGCUCCCACUCCGCGCAGCUCCCUGCUGGGCCUGGACCUGCUGGCCGCGCAGAAGAGGAAGGAGCGGGAGGGCAAGGACCAGGGAGAGGCUGCCACUGACGACAGAGCCAGGAAGAAAUCAAAGGUUUCCUCCUACAAGGACUGGGAAGAAGGUAGAAGCGACUCUGGGUCGGAGGAUGACGAGGAUGAGGAGGACAGAGGUGUUAAGAAGGAGAGGAAAUAUCGUGUGACCGGCUCCGAGACGCCUUCCAACCCUGGAGGCGUCAGUGAGGAGUUCCGCCGCAAACACCAGCAGAGAGAGAAAGACAGACGUGAGCAUGGAGUCUACGCCUCCUCCAAGGAGGAGAAGAGCAGGGACAGGGACAGAGACCGAGACCGAGACCGUGACCGAGACAAAGAGAGGAGCAGAGAUAAGGGCAGAGACCGACGGAGUGAAAGAGAUGAACGGGAGCGCAGCCACAGCCGAGGCAGCAGCAGCAGCCGCUCCGAGCGCUGGGAGCGCAGCGAGAGAAGUGAGCGCUCACAGAGAGACGGCUGGUCUGAUCGCAUCAGCCGGGGCAGUAGGAGAGAUGAACCCGCGACGCCACAGCAGCACCCCAGAGAUUCCUUCACACCCUCACGCUCCAACUGGGACGAGGAUGACAGCGGCUAUGUUAGUUCACGGCACUCUCAGUGGGAGUCUCCGUCCCCCGCCCCUUCACACAGAGAGUCAGAGCGCUCGGAGCGCAGCCACCGCUCAGGCCGGGACAGUGAGAGGAGGGACAGGUCAGUGAGAGGCCGUUACCCUGAUGACACACCACUGCCGACCCCUUCCUACAAAUACAAUGAAUGGGCCAAUGACCGGAAGCAUUUAGGCUCCACACCUCGUUUAUCGCAAGGAAAAGGUAAAAGAGAAGAUGGUGAGGAGGGAAUCAUGUUUGAUAAUGAGGACGAGAAAGAACAGUGGGAAGAGGAUCAGAAGCAAGCUGACAGAGAUUGGUACAUGAUGGACGAAGGCUACGACGAGUUCCACAACCCUUUGACGUCCACGUCUGAUGAGUAUGUGAAGAAGAGAGAGCAGAUCCUCCAGAAGCAGACGCAGAAGCGGAUAUCAGCCCAGAAACGCCAGAUCAAUGAGGAUAACGAACGGUGGGAGACGAACCGCAUGCUGACCAGCGGGGUGGUGCAGAGGCUGGAAGUGGACGAGGACUUUGAGGAGGAUAAUGCCGCCAAGGUUCACCUGCUGGUUCACAACCUGGUCCCUCCUUUCCUGGAUGGAAGAAUAGUCUUUACCAAGCAGCCAGAGCCUGUCAUCCCUGUGAAAGAUCCCACCUCUGACAUGGCCAUCAUCUCGCGUAAGGGAAGCCAGCUUGUUCGUAAACAUCGUGAGCAGAAAGAGCGCAAGAAGGCCCAGCACAAACACUGGGAGCUGGCAGGCACAAAGCUGGGGGACAUCAUGGGUAUCAAGAAGAAGGAGGAUGAAGAUGGCUCAGGGGGCAAAGUGGUGGGCGAGGAUGGCAAAGUAGACUACAAAGCGGAGCAGAAGUUUGCAGACCACAUGAAAGACAAGAGCGAGGCAAGCAGUGAGUUUGCUAAGAAGAAGAGCAUCCUGGAGCAGAGGCAGUACCUGCCCAUCUUUGCCGUCAGACAGCAGCUUCUUAACAUCAUAAGGGACAACAGCAUUGUGAUUGUCGUGGGCGAGACGGGCAGCGGGAAGACCACUCAGCUGACCCAGUACCUCCAUGAAGACGGCUACACCAGCUACGGCAUGGUGGGCUGCACUCAGCCCCGCAGGGUGGCAGCCAUGAGCGUGGCCAAGAGAGUCAGCGAGGAGAUGGGCAGCAACCUGGGAGAGGAGGUGGGCUACGCAAUUCGUUUUGAGGACUGCACAUCAGAGAAAACGGUGAUUAAGUACAUGACAGACGGCAUCCUGCUGAGAGAGUCACUGAGGGAGUCUGACCUGGACCACUACAGUGCUGUUAUCAUGGACGAGGCUCACGAGCGCUCCCUGAAUACUGAUGUGCUGUUCGGUCUGCUGCGCGAGGUUGUCUCUCGACGCUCUGACUUGAAGCUCAUAGUCACGUCUGCCACGAUGGACUCGGACAAAUUUGCAGCAUUUUUUGGCAACGUGCCCAUAUUCCACAUUCCAGGAAGGACAUUUCCAGUCGACAUUUUAUUCAGCAAGACUCCUCAGGAGGAUUAUGUGGAGGCAGCCGUGAAGCAGGCCCUGCAGAUCCACCUCAGUGGCUUGAUAGGAGAUAUCCUCAUCUUCAUGCCUGGGCAGGAGGACAUCGAGGUGACAUCAGAUCAGAUUGUGGAGCGUUUGGAAGAGUUGGAGAGCGCUCCGCCUCUGGCUGUGUUGCCCAUCUACUCCCAGCUGCCCUCUGAUCUCCAGGCCAAGAUCUUCCAGAAGGCUCCAGAUGGUGUGAGGAAGUGCAUUGUUGCUACCAACAUCGCUGAGACCUCACUCACUGUGGACGGAAUCAUGUUUGUCGUGGAUGCAGGAUACUGUAAACUUAAGGUGUUCAACCCUCGCAUUGGAAUGGACGCUCUGCAAGUUUAUCCCAUCAGCCAGGCGAAUGCCAACCAGCGGGCAGGCAGAGCAGGACGUACAGGGCCAGGACAGUGCUACAGGCUGUACACUCAGAGUGCUUUUAAGAAUGAAAUGCUCACCACCACCAUACCAGAGAUCCAGAGGACCAACCUGGCCAACGUUGUCCUGCUGCUGAAGUCUCUGGGCGUCCAGGACUUGCUGCUCUUCCACUUCAUGGACCCCCCACCUGAGGACAACAUGCUCAACUCCAUGUACCAGCUCUGGAUCCUGGGCGCUCUGGACAACACAGGUGCCCUGACACCGACGGGGCGUUUGAUGGUGGAGUUUCCUCUGGACCCCGCCCUGUCCAAAAUGCUGAUUGUGUCCUGCGACAUGGGCUGCAGUGCUGACAUCCUCAUCAUCGUCUCCAUGCUCUCUGUGCCGGCCAUUUUUUACAGACCUAAGGGCCGAGAGGAGGAGAGUGACCAGGUGAGGGAGAAGUUCUCCGUCCCUGAGAGCGACCACCUCACUUACCUCAAUGUCUACAUGCAGUGGAAGAACAACAAUUAUUCCAGCAUCUGGUGCAACGAGCACUUCAUCCACACCAAGGCCAUGCGCAAGGUGCGUGAGGUGCGCUCCCAGCUGAAGGACAUCAUGGUGCAGCAGAGGAUGAACCUGAUCUCCUGUGGCUCUGACUGGGACAUCAUCAGGAAGUGCAUCUGCGCCGCCUACUUCCACCAGGCUGCCAAGCUCAAGGGCAUCGGCGAGUAUGUGAACGUGAGGACAGGCAUGCCGUGUCACCUCCAUCCUACCAGCUCCCUGUUCGGGAUGGGCUACACUCCUGACUACAUCACCUACCACGAGCUGGUGAUGACCACCAAGGAGUACAUGCAGUGUGUGACGGCGGUGGAUGGCGAGUGGCUGGCGGAACUCGGGCCCAUGUUUUAUAGCAUCAAACACGCGGGGAAGAGCAGACAGGAGAACCGUCGCCGGGCCAAGGAGGAGAUCAGCAACAUGGAGGAGGAAAUGUCCCUGGCCGAGGAGCAGCUGCGAGCGCGUCGCGAGGAGCAGGAGAAGAAGAGUAACACCGGCAGCCUUAGGGCGGUGAAAAUCUGCACACCAGGAAGAAGAGAGGACGUCCCCAUGACCCCAAAGCGCACCCCGGCCCGCUUCGGACUCUAGGCCACCUCCCGGAAGUUAAAGCCCCCCCUCGACCAUCUGGCCUCCCCUCGUCUAUCACCUGCACCCGAAGCACACCAGCAACCCAGACUCUGAGUGGGACCAGGCUCACAGCCCCGGCAUGCUCCCAUCGUCCCUCCCAACAUGGGCGCAAUCACUUGCAGUUCCCCGUCUGACCACUAGAGUGAGAACUUGUAUAAGGCACAAGACUCCAAAGCAGCCCUCAGCUCCAUCAACAUGCGUCCCUCCACUGUUAUCAGCCGACAGCUGUAUCCAUGACACAAUGCAGUCUUUAUUCUUUUGAUAUCUUAGGGAAGAAUAAAGAACAAUGAUGUUUUGUUUACAUUCAGUAUUUAUACCCCUAACGUACCUAUUGUGACGUGAUCAUCAAGGGAAAGUCAUUUUAUAAACGGGUUGUGAUUUUACAUGAGCUAGAAGUGUUCUUUAUCCAUCUUGAGUUAAUUAUCAGUGGUCAGCUGAUGGUAAAUGUUUGUAUUUACAGUUGCUAGUUCAAUUUUGUGUCAUUUUUUUUUUUUGGAUCUUUGUGAAUUCCGCGGUGAUUUCGCAGCUCCCAUUCACCUCGAUCAUCAAUUUCGUAUUCUGCAUUUGGCUGACCCCACUCCCUGCUGUGUUGUGUUGCAGGCUGAGCAGCGUCGGUGCCAUCAUGAAGUGCUCCUCCACGGACUGAAGCACUUUUCAAAGUGUGCUUGUGCUGUGAGUCGUAUUGCAGACCCCCAUAAACGCACAUACACUCACACAAGCUUAAGCAGUUGACUUUUUCCCUGCUUCCGUAACCUUGUUGCUACAAAUGUAAUAUAUCCGUUUUUCCUCCGUACAUAUAAAUGCUGAUAUGUAGGAGUAAACUUGUACGUGGUGUUAUUAUUUUUUUUUUAUAGUCCUUAUGGUUAAAAUAGCAAUUAGUAUCCUCUGAGAUUACAGAUUCUGGAAGACUUUGUUCAAAACUCAAAACAAAGUGAAGAUUUGCGGAAAUAUCAUCCACACAGGGACAUAGUUUGAGCUGUGCGUGUGUCCUCAGUCGUCUCAGCCAGUCGCAGUAUCACACAGCACCAAGCGGGCCGGGCACCCUGCACGAAAACCGUUCAGCAGAGGCCACAUUUUAGCAAUAUCGCUUCUGUUUUGUGCUUUUCACGACUGAAUGUCGGCCAGUGGCUUUUCUCUUCUUUGGCAAACAGGAAAAAAGCCACUAUUUUGUAAUUUGAGGUAUUAUCUGAUGUUAGUCUCAGGCCAAUAUGUGUACAGUUUGGAAAUCAAGAGGUAGUUUGGCAGUGGUAUGAGUGAUCAUGGUAUAAUGUGAGCAUUUUGGCAUUGCAGGGCCAAUAAGAACUGAACAAAUAAAGAAUAGUGCUGA